AUGGAGACCGAGGCGGAUUUAUCCGGAAUUGAGAUCGAUGCUACGGUCGUUCUUGAGUACACUGAUGGAGACGACGAAGGUGGCAACUCUAGCCUACAAGUGGAACCCAAACAGCAGGACGUUGAAAGUGAAGUUUUGGAAACGGAAAUUGUGGUUGAGCAUACCAUAAACGCACCUCUAGACGUGAGUAGUGGCGAUUCCGAAGACUCUCUCGACUUUGGUAGUGAUAGCAAGGACGAUGGAAUUGGGAUGGCCGCUCAAAAUCGAAGGGAACCGGUACCUCCAAAAGCAAUAUUUAAAAGUAUCGGGUUUUACAACACAUUGGGUGAGGCGGAAGGUGCUCUUCACGGCUUUAAUCGCUUUGUCUACACGUAUCGAACGAGCUAUCAACCCAUCGAGUCAAUGAAACAUCUUUUCGGUAUCAGCUUUUUCAACGUGGCCAUCACUCUGGCGCAACUAUUCAACUUCCAGCACGAGGAAUUUCUCCCGUUUUAA